AUGGAGAGAGAAGUGUCCGACACAGAAGGAAUCUUCUCGAAAAGAUUGUCGAGCAACUGGGCGGAACUUCCAACGACCCUGCGAAAGAAGCCCAAGCACCGGCCGGAGAUCCUCUCCCAAUUCGUCGACCCCUCGGAAAUCUCGGAGAACGAGUCGAGGAAGAUCGAGCCGAAACCGUUCAACAACGUUCAAAGACUCGUGAGAAGGUCGGAAUUUUUACGAAAAUUGGACACCAACGAGAAUGCGAGAAAUUUGGAUUAUCGGCGAGAGAUGAGGAUCGAAAGGAGAUCCGUGCCGGAUUACUCCUUGUUUCCUCGUGUCGACGAGGAUUACAGGAGGCAUUACGAGGAUCAUGAUUCGAAGCUUGGCCCUCAGAGGAAAAAUCUGGGCAAUCUGGUCGGAAAGUUCGAUCACAAGAACUUCUCCGACGAGGAACGAAAGACAAAUUCUCCCGACAGCCUGUUGGUCAAGUCCUCGGAGUCCGAUUUGAGCAGCGACGAGUACGGGCAGACGGACGACUCGGGAGCGUUCUUGGAGAAGGCUUCGAGCCGUGAGAAGGGAUCGAAGAACGAGGGGCAGAGGAACAGGUUCAUCAAAUUUUUCGCGAAGGACGAGUGCAAGAGGAAGAAGAAGCAGGAAGAGAAGAAGAUGUCGCCGGACUCGGCCCACUUGGACGAUCGUGGACACGAGGAAAGACUCGAAGGAGAGGAUGAGCCAACAGAAAUUCGAAUACGAGAAUAUACCGAGGAUCGACGUGUCCAAGUUGGAUCAGAAACCGUAUCUCAACCCGAUUGCCUCCACGAUCAAUUCCAUCAACUCGGCCAAUUCCGAUCGUCAGACGCAACCGACGAUCGAGCAAUUGAGGCUCGAGGAGGUUGCCUGCUGAGAAACUCGAGGAACGCGAGCCCGUUGAGGAUUAAUAAUAACAACAACAACAACAAUAAUAAUAAUAACAACAACAACAAUGAGAAUGCGGAGAAGACGUCGAGAGCUCAGUCGCCAUCCUCGGUCAAACAGAUUCAAAACGGCGAGGAUGUGAACGAGCUGAUCCAAGAUUUCUACGACAGCGAUCAAAUCGUGGGCAGGGUGAAUGGGGAGAGGAAGGUUUCGAAAAUGGAGACGAUCACGGAAGAGAACGCGGAUGGGAGCAAGCUGAGCGUAAGAGAGAUCUUGAAGAGAUUCGAGGAGCUGAGGACCCAGAACGAGGCGCAAGUGGAGGAGAAGUCGAACGACAAGACCCUCACCACUAUACAGGAGACCUUGAAGAAACUCGACGAGAAGGUCAAGAGCUACCAGGUCGAUCAGAAGCCGCUGCACAAGCCGAACCAUCACGAGAACCACGUGUCACAGAUCACGAAAUCGAUCCAGUCGCAGGCGAAUCACAGCACACCGAAUCACGUACAAUCCCAUGGUCAGCCUAAUCACGUUAUCUCGAACCAUGAAAACCACGUGCCCGCCGGUCGUGUGCCGAACCACGUGUCGGCAACGAACCAGACGAAUCACCAGAAAAACCAGCAGAACCAGCGGCUCAGCCCGAAUCAGGAAUGGCGGCAGCCGGAAGACAACGGCAGAUUGCAAGAAGAUGGCAUCUACGAGAGUGGGCCGGUCGUCAACGACGGAAAACACUCUUUGUUGCAGUACGCCAUGCUGAACUUUAGACAAAGUACCGAGAAGUUUGAGAUGCUGAAGACAGCAGAUGGAUCAAUAAGUGGAUCUCUUAAAGUGAUAGAAUCCUUGAAAAAUAAAAAGAAGAAUAAGAAAAACAAAGGUCAACAGGAUGGUGCGGAAUGGACUUGGAAAGAACAGGUGGAUCUUGUGAAAUAUUCUCCUGUGCCAAUAGAGCAAAGCCUUUUGAAGCUUGAUACAGAUUUAAGUGCUCUGGCAGUAGAAUGUUUUUUGUGUCUGAUGAGGUACAUGGGUGACCAACCAUUACCUCCAGAUACUAGUGAAGUAAAAUGCGUUUACACCAUUCUUAUGCAUUGUCACAAAUAUGAAUUACUACGCGAUGAAGUUUAUUGUCAAUUAAUGAAACAAACCACAAAUAAUAAAAGUCCAAAUCCAGACAGUUGUCAACGUGGUUGGAGAAUCUUCAGUAUUGUUGCUGCCUAUUUCACUUGCAGUGAUGGUCUAAGGCCUUAUCUUACCAAAUAUCUGGAAACAGCAGCUUAUGACAAAAGAAGAGCUUAUCAUGGAACAGCCACAGUGUGUUUACAGAAUCUCAGGAAAACAGUUAAAUAUGGAGGAAGGAAAAACGUGCCAAGCGUGGAUGAAAUUAUGGCAAUUAGUGCAGGCAGAAAUGCAAAAAGGCAGAUUUAUAGAUUGCCAGGAGGAACAGAAAGAGUUAUCAACACUAAAUGUACAACUGUUGUGCAGGAUGUUAUUGAAGAAAUGUGCAACAUAAUAUCUGUAAGAAAUCCUCAUGAAAUGGAUGAAUUCUCAUUAUAUUGUAUUGUCGAUGGUGAUGCAUUUACUAUGCCUUUAGCCAGAGAUGAAUAUGUACUGGAUGUAACUACAGAAUUACAUAAAAAUCAUCAGGUCUUUUAUCUAAUAUUCUGCAGAUCUGUAUGGUAUUAUCCUCUCAGACUGGAUGCUCCACUGUAUAUAGAAGUUGUAUUCAAUCAGAUUGCUCCAGAUUACUUGGAGGGUCUUUUAUUAGUUUUACCUGGUGAACAUUUACCUCAAGAAGUCAUAUAUGAUAUGGCACAAAUAGCAGCUCUAUUACAUAGGGCAGCAGAUAUGAAUCAUGAACCUACAACAAAAGAAAUUAAAUAUUUAUUACCAAAACCAGUGCUUAGUUUAAGAGAACCACGACCACAACAGUGGUCAAACAUGGUCCAACAAGCAUGGAAUAAUGUGCAACAUAAUACAGUAGCUGCUUGUAAAGCACAGGUGCUUGAAAUUUUGUGGAAAUGGCCAUUGUUUGGAUCUAGUUUCUUUGCUGUAAAGAGGGUGCCUGAAGGAAAAGAAAAAGGAGGCGAUCAUAUUUUGGCACUCAAUAGGCAUGGAGUACAUUUUAUUGAUUUAAUCACACAUGAAACUCUCUAUCACUAUCCCUAUUCUGAAGUAAUUUCCACAAGAAAAGUAAAAUCUGAAGAAGGAACCCUUUAUCUUGACAUGAAAUGUGGUAAUUUGAUGCAACAACGUAUUACAAGAUUGCAGACUGAACAAGCUCAUGAAAUUUCACGAUUAAUUAGACAAUAUAUCACCAUGGAACAAAGAGCCACUAAUGCUCAAGGUGCUAGCAUUGGAUUUGGCAUGAGAUAAAAUAUUCGAUUUGCAUUCUGCACUUGUAGCAUUGGGUUCAAAUUUUAGAAAUUUAUAUUUUUUUCUUGUAUUACUUAAUCGAAUGAAAAAUAUUGUAAAUACGUAUUUAAGAAAAAUAAUUACACAAAA